AUGGCGAGCUCGACACGUCAAGAUGCGGACUCGAGCACCGCAUCUGCACUUCUGUCUUCCCCAGCGUCGAGCAGCAUCAAGAGUCAGUACGGCGACGAAGCAGUCCUGACGUACGAGGUGCUCAACGAGAAGGACGCGGUCAGCUUUGUAGCCGACAACGGGGCUGGAGCGACGGUGCUGUUCAGCGGGACAACGAGGGACUCCUUCAGAGGUAAGCAGGUAACAAGACUCGAAUACGAGGCCUACACCUCGCUCGCUCUCAAGACGCUGCAAUCACUGCUGUCUCGAGCCCACACAUCUGCGCCAUUCGUAGACAACCCCAUCCCGCUGUCUGCCAACGCAGACCCACAAUCUGCAUCAUUUGAGGACCGCGUCACGCGAUGCUACGUAGCGCAUCGGCUAGGUGCAGUCAGUGUGGGCGAGUGCAGUAUUCUGAUCGCUGUCAGCUCGCCGCACCGCAAAGAAGCAUUUGUAGUGGCAGAGUGGUUGCUGGAAGAGGUCAAGAAGAACGUGGCUAUCUGGAAGAGGGAGUUUUACGCUACUGGAGCCAGUGUCACUGCUCUGGAUGGAGAUGCGAAGCCGUUCGAUCCCAAGCAGAGUGAAGAGGUGCAAACCGAAGUCGGAAAAGAAGCGCAGAGUUGGGAGUGGAAGGCUAAUUUCCCUGCCACAUGA